AUGAUGAAGCAAAAAUCAGAUAAAAGCAGAAGCAGCAAUGGGCAACAGCCCCAAAGUAAUUCAGCAAGAGACAGAGAACUGAGAACUACCCUGAUCAAGCACCAACUCAAGAAUUCAUAGACUGCUCUCAAAGUUGGCAAGGAUUACAACAAGUUCAGCCAGAAUUAUACUGCGAUGGAGAUUUCAGCGGACACCCCUAUGACUUAUGAAUCACAUGAUGAAGAACCAGAGUGA